CGCGCGCCAGGGCGCAUGGUGAUGGUGCCCGGCGCGGCGGCGGCAGCGACCCCCCGAGAGCCCCGCUAGGCUCCGCUCUUCGCCGCUCCCGGGCGCCGGGCUCUCGUUCCUCUGUCCCCGCGCCCGGGUGGAUGCGGGCCCGGGCGGGCGGCUGCGGCGGCGGAGACGGCCGAUGCUGAGGGGCCGGCGGGGGAGGAUGGAGUGCGCCCUCGACGCCCAGUCGCUGAUCAGCAUCUCCCUGCGCAAGAUCCACAGCUCCCGCACGCAGCGCGGCGGCAUCAAGCUGCACAAGAACCUGCUCGUCUCCUAUGUGCUCCGCAACGCCCGGCAGCUCUACCUGAGCGAGCGCUACGCCGAGCUCUACCGGCGCCAGCACCACCACCACCACUACCAGGAAGGCGGGGGAGGGGUGCUCUUGGGCAUGCCUCCCGGAGCCUGCGCGCCCGCCUCGGUCGGCGAGAUCGCCGCGGACUUCAGCCCGCUCCACUUGCAGGGGGACGCCGACGACCACGAGGGGGGAGGAGGCGGUCUCCAGCCGGGGCAGCCGCCGCGGAGCUGCGCCCUGGCCCGGGUGGGCGUCGGGAGCGAGCUGCUGGAGAUGCCCGUUUGCGCCGCGCUCCUGCCCGGCGCGCCCCAGGACGAGGAGCCGCUGGGGCUGCCGCCUCCGCCUGCGCCGCCGGCCGCCCUGUCGGGGCUCUGCAGGGACGCUUCGCCCGCCGCUUUCUACCAGCCCCGGCCGAAUGAGCAGUAA